CUCGCCGCGCUGCUGCCCGCCCUGCUGCUGCCGCCGCUGGUGUCCGCGUGUCCGCGCAUCGUCAUUAAAAACGGGAAAGCAACACGCGCCAGCGGUCACUACAGCAAGUACUACGCUACGUGCGACGAGGGGUACCGGCUGAACGGGCCUUAUGUUCUCAUCUGCGAUGAACACGACAAGUGGUCGACAAUACCCACCUGCGACUUGAUUACAACCCCGGCUCCGCCAACCACGACUCCGUUGACCACCACUCCAUUGACCACCACUCCGUUGACCACCACUCCAUUGACCACCACUCCGUUGACCACCACUCCGUUGACCACGACUCCGUUGACCACCACUCCGUUGACCACGACUCCCUUAACCACCACUCCGUUGACCACAACCUCAGUUACUGAACCUUUACCUACUCCAGAUAAUCAGACAGAACUGUACAUUCCUAAUGGAAGAAUAAUCGCUGGGCCAAAACCACCUUACCUUAUUGGAGAUAACGUUACAAUUCAGUGUUAUCCGGGCUUCACAAUGUAUGGGGAACCUAGGAUUCAGUAUAUCGGUGGAAAUCAAUGGGAGCCUGGAAUUCCAUCUUGUCGGUUAAAUGUAUUUGCCAUCAUCAUCAUUAGUGGAACUCUCAUCGGUGCGGUGUCACUGGCAUCCUUUCGGGCCUAUAAGAAGUAUUUUCCGCAUGAAGUGGUACCAGCCACAGAUGAUGGAGCAGAAGCCAGUAAAAAUUGGCCGCUUAAAAUGUUCUCUGGCCUAAGACGUUCUGUGCUGUGAUGCUGCUACAGAAGACUACAUGGAAUCGCUUGUCAAAACAUUGCUUUCAGAACAGGAAGAGGCAAACUGCACCUGGCGAGCGAGAGGAAGAAGCCUGUUUGCAGCAGUUAGAUCAUCAACAGAAAAGGACAUGUCUUUGAGGCAGAGGCCAAUACCACCUAGUACAAUUUUUUUUUUUUUAAAUAAUAGCUCAAAGCAGGUUACACUGUUUGCAAGCUUACAAGAUUGAACAGCCACUUGUUUGCUUGCUAACAGUCAGGAAGGGAGGCACUUCUGCAUAUGUAUGUGUUCUCUCUUUCUCUCUCUCAGGUCCCUGCACCUCCCUGAAAUUCAAGAGUUUGAGCUACCCCUUUUAGAUGAUGCAUUUUGAAUACCUUAAGCAUUUUGAAUACCUUCUCUCCAAGGGGAAUAGUACUACUGAAUGUGCUUAUUACACAGCAUAUUGAAAAGGUACUUACAACUAACUUAAGUUCAGAGAACACGAAGGUGCUCAUUUGUAAACACCUGCAUCUUUAUGUGGCAAGGUGCCGGUAAUACGUUUUCUGAUACCAUUCUGAAGCCACUGCGAUGAACACACAGGAGUUGUUGGGGGUGGAAAAGUGAAGUUUCCAAUUUUUAUUGCUUUUUCCCCCGACAUCAUAACCAGUUUCUAAUGGUGCUAGAAAAACUCUGAGACACUGAACACCAAGAGAAAUCAGUCAGCCUUUGUACCCAUCAGAGGUUCCUCCUGUAGCGAACAGCCAUGUAUUCGUGAGGAAGACCAUGCCGUACCGGUAGAUGGUGCUUCUGGACAGUGCUUGUAUGUGACAGAAUUUGAAGAGGCAUGGUGGGUUUGAAGGAACAAGCCUAAUUUAAAAUUCAUUUUCAGUGAUUUAGAAAGAUUGGCCUUAUUUUAAUAGGGUCCGUUUGAAAUGGGCAGUAUUUAAAAUCCCAUGAUUAAAUGUGAUGUACAUGAAGAUAUUUUUGAAAGAAGAUAGCUUUUAUAUAAGAAUACUGCUGACAAAAAUAGUGUCAUAAUGUUCUACCCACAAAUGUAUGUAGCGGUGGGUUGUGGAGGAGAAGUCGGCAUAAUACAAGUUAAUUAAAUAUGUAUGUUUUCAGGAAUUUGUCAGACUGAUCCAUAAAAAACUUCAAUGUGAAUUAAAUUCUAUUGGGAGCAGCUGUGAGAGUGCAUGGGCAAAGUAAAAACAAGCAGCUGAUUCCUUCCUUCCUCUCCUCCCUUCCACCUC